UUUCCAGCAUCCCUUUCCCUACUGACGCUUGUGUAUCAACACUUUCCUGUUUGCUCGCUGCAAGCUUGCUGUAGUAAUGAGUAGAUAGUGCCCGUAGUGUGUGGGGGAGGAUCUCUUGUGAGAUAAACAAGCAGCCAGUCAUCAUGCAUAGAAACAUGGCGGCGGCAGACCGAGCUACAGAGCCGUUUUCCAAAUGCGAAGGUCAGCGUCGGACAUAACAUAGAGCGUUUCAACUACGUGUGAAGUUGAUGAUGACUAUAAAGAUUACCAAUUAUUCUACUUCUGCAGAAAUGCCUUAGGGGUGUUUUUUGGAAUAAAGCCAAGUUGCUGAUAUGCGUUGAGGAUGAGUGGUGUGGGUGAAAAUACCUCUGACCCUGCAAGGGCAGAGUCCAAGAAGCGCAAAGAAUGUGCCUCUGAUCAGCUUGGACCCAGCCCUAAACGAAGCACUGAAAAACGCAAUCGCGAGCAUGAAAAUAAAUACAUCGAGGAACUUGCCGAGCUGAUCUUUGCAAACUUCAAUGAUAUCGAUAACUUCAAUGUUAAGCCUGACAAAUGUGCAAUCUUGAAAGAAACUGUGAAACAGAUUCGGCAGAUAAAAGAACAAGAAAAAGCUGCCGCAGCCAAUGAAGAGGAGGUGCAAAAGGCUGACGUGUCGUCGACAGGCCAAAGUGUUAUUGACAAAGAUGCCCUUGGACCAAUGAUGCUUGAGGCCUUAGAUGGGUUCUUCUUUGUAGUGAACCUAGAGGGAAACAUUGUGUUUGUGUCUGAGAAUGUGACCCAGUACCUGAGGUACAACCAGGAGGAGCUCAUGAACACCAGUGUGUACAGUGUCCUGCACGUGGGGGAUCAUGCAGAGUUCAUCAAAAACCUGCUGCCUAAAUCUCUAGUGAAUGGGAUGCCCUGGCCAAACGAGAACCCGCGGAGGAACAGCCACACGUUUAACUGUCGGAUGCUGGUCAAGCCUCCCAGUGACUCAGACGAGGAGGGCCAUGACAGCCAGGAAGCGCAUCAGAACUACGAAACUAUGCAGUGUUUUGCGGUCUCCGAACCAAAGUCCAUUAAAGAAGAAGGAGAAGAUUUGCAGUCUUGUUUGAUAUGUGUUGCGAGACGAGUUCCUAUGAAGGAAAGGCCAGUCCUUCCAACUCCUGAGAGCUUUACCACGAGGCAGGAUCUACAAGGCAAGAUUACAUCACUGGAUACAAGUUUGUUACGAGCCUCAAUGAAACCAGGCUGGGAGGACCUGGUGAGACGAUGCAUUCAGAGGUUUCACUUGCAGAACGACGGGGAAAUGUCAUUUGCAAAGAGGCAUCAUCAAGAAGUUCUGAGGCAAGGACAAGCUUUCAGUCCCACAUAUCGGUUCUCUCUGUCCGACGGCACCAUUGUCACUGCCCACACGAAGAGCAAACUGGUGCGAUCUCCAGCUACAAAUGAGCCUCAGCUUUAUAUGUCACUACAUGUUCUACAAAGAGAGCAGAAUGUUUGCGGGAUGAACAAGGAUAUGCCUGGACAAGCCAUGGGAAAGCAAAUUAAUUCUGUCAAUUCAAUGACCCCACCAACCCAGGGGGGCAUGCCUGCUGGAAUGCCAGGUCAGGAUAUGACUGUAAGCAGCAAUACAAGCUUCAACGCUGUUGGCGGGCCAAAGGAUCAGACUGUUAUGGGGCAGAUACCGGGCAGUAGGUUUGGGUGCCAGGGAGUAAUGAACCAUUCCCCUGGCAUGCAGGUGGCCACUCCUCAGGGUAGUAACUAUGCACUCAAAAUGAAUAGCCCAUCGCAAAACAGCCCUGGCAUGAACCAUGGGCAGCAAAACUCAAUGCUGUCUCCCAGGCACCGCGUCAGCCCUGGCGUGGCGGGCAGCCCACGCAUCCCCCCCACUCAGUUCUCCCCUGCAGGAAGCUUGCACUCGCCAGCAGCAAUGUGCAGCAGCACAGGAAACAGCCAUAGCUACACCAGCAGUUCCCUUAAUGCACUUCAGGCCCUCAGUGAAGGCCAUGGGGUCACCAUCGGGCAGUCUUUAGCAUCACCCGACAGGAAAUUGGGUAAUGCACAGAGUUCUCCCAUAAACAUCAACCCUCAUCCGCUGACCAAGAUGAGCAGCUCAGAUUUUAAAGAAUCCUUUGGGUUGUUUGGGGAUCAGAUCCCCUCAGAGACGAGUCAACAGGAGGGGCACUGCAAUGCCGGAGAGCAGAAGGACAAUGGCGAAAAUAGUCAAUUCAGCGGUGGGGAGAGGACGGAGGCACAAAACCGACUGCAUGACGGCAAGGGGCCCACAAAACUCUUGGAGCUGCUAACAACCAAGUCCGAUCAAAUGGAACCUUCUUCACCAUUACCAGGUACUAGCAGAGACUAUAAUAACAAGGACUCCAUGGGCAGUGCCACAGUAGGGGUCAACCAAUCGGUUGGAGGAUCUCUGGGGCACGGGACUUCACUGAAGGAGAAGCAUAAGAUUUUGCACAGACUCUUACAGAACAGUAGUUGUUCUGACUUGGUCAAACUUACAGCAGAAGCCACUGGAAAAGACAUCAACCAGGAGGGCAACAAUGGAAGUCCUGGCUCUGAAAUGACAAUUAAACAGGAGCCAAUGAGCCCCAAGAAGAAAGAGAAUGCACUUCUUCGCUAUUUACUGGAUAAGGAUGAUACUGGUUUGCAGGAGAAAAACAUUAAUUUAGAACUAGGGGAGAGCAAGAUAGACCCUUGUAGUAGCAUUAAAAAGUCAAACAUAAAGACCGAGCAACAGGAUCCAGGCUAUGAGAGAUCAGAACAGUUAAGUGAAUUGGAUGACAUUCUAGAUGACCUGCAGAAUAGCCAGCCCCAGCUUUUCUCUGACACCCGGCCUGUUUCUGUAUCUGCGCCGGUGGACAAACAAGCCAUCAUCAAUGACAUCCUUCAGAUCACCGGGGAAAACAGCCCUGCUACAUCCCUGGGUCCACAGAAACAAUUUCCUGGCAUGCCUCAAAGCACCUUCAGUAACCCCAGGGCAGGCCAGCCUAGCAGAGGCCCACCUGUCCACAUCGUGUCUCUGGACGUGAAUGUGCAGACUCGAGCCUCUUCAGGACCUUUUCAGAGCAUGAGAAACAACAGUCCUUAUUCGGUCAUGUCCCAGCAGGGAAUAAUGGGAAAUCAGGGGAUGAUGUCAAGCCAGGCAAAUUUAGUAAAUGCAGGGAUGUUCGGUGGUAACCCUCCGAGAGCCAACAUGCCGUCGGGAGAGUGGGGCCCCCAGGGCGCUGCCGUCAACAGCACCAACUCAGCAGUGUCCGGCACCAUCAACAGACCAAUGCAGCCGGUAGCUAGAGGCAUGGUCCGAAACACAGCGCCAGGGGUCUCGAUGAGACCCAACAGCCAGCCUGGCCUAAGACAGAUGCUACCAUCUCAGAUAAUGGAUAUGGCCCAGCCUGAUCUGGGAAUGUCAGGUCCCCAGUUUACCCAGCAGCAGGUACCGCCCAAUCAGACAGCACCUUGGCCAGACAGCAUGCUGCCCAUUGAGCAGGGGCCCUUCGGCAAUCAAAACAGACAAGCCUAUAACAGCUCCCAGGAUGAUUUGCUGUGCACGCCUGCUACCACAGAAGCCCUGACAGAGGAAGGCACUCUGCUCAAUCAGCUCUACUCGGUACUAAAGGACUUUGACGGCCUGGAGGAAAUAGACCGGGCUUUGGGGAUACCUGCGUUGGUCAGCCAGAGCCAGGCAGUGGACACUGAACAGUUUCCAAGCCAGGACCCCAGUAUGAUGCUAGAACAGAAGCCUCCUAUUUACAGCCAGCAGUAUUCUGCUCCACCUCCCAUGCCCCAGGGAAAUUACCCUCCCAUGCAGGAUGCCAGUUUUCACCCCCUGGCCAAUCAGAUGGGCCAGAGACCUGGCUACUCAAUGUUACGCAUCCAGACCAGGCCUGGGCUGCGGCCCACCGGCAUGGUGCCUAACCAGCCCAACCAGCUGAGGCUUCAGCUUCAACACAGACUGCAAGCACAGCAGAACCGUCAGCCACUGAUGGGUCAGAUCAACAAUGUCUCCAACAUGAAUCUACCUCUAAGACAGAACGUGCCACCCCAGGGAACCAUCAAUGCUCAGAUGUUGGCUCAGAGACAGAGGGAGCUCUUGAGCCAGCACCUGCGCCAGCGCCAACUCGAGCAGCAGCGGCAGCAGCAGCAGAGAACCAUGAUGAUGCGGGCACAGGGCCUCAACAUCCCACCUAGCAUGGCAGCAGCAGCCCCUGGUGGUAUGCCGGGCACCAUGAGCAACCCGCGGAUCCCUCAGGCAAACCCACAGCAAUUCCCAUUCCCUCCAAACUACGGUACUGGACUUAAAUCCCCACCACCCUCCACCAGCCCUUUCUCCCCAGUGUCUCCCAGCCACCCUGGGUCACAGCUCCUCUCACUCAGCUCCUUGCAUGGCUCCCAGAUGAGUCUGGCUAACCAGGGAAUGAUGGGAAACAUGGGAGGACAGUUUGGGCCUGUAAUGAGUCCCCAAAUGCAGCACAAUGCCUUCCAGUUUCCCAGCUCAGGAAUGAAUCAGCAAGCUGACGCAGGAUUUGGUGGAGCUGCUGCCCCCCAGAGCACCCUGAUGUCGCCCAGGAUGAGUCACACUCAGAGUCCCAUGAUGCAACAGCCCCAGGCUAACGCAACCUUCCAGUCAUCGUCUGAGAUGAAUGGCUGGCCACAGGGGAAUAUGAGUGGAAACAGCAUGUUUUCGCAACAGUCAUCGCCUCAGUUUGGGCAACAGUCAAAUGCCAGCAUGUACAACAAUAAUAUGAACAUCAAUGUGUCCUUGGCAACAAACUCCAGCAGUAUGAACAACAUGAACCAGAUGUCGGGGCAGAUUAACAUGGCCUCAAUGACCUCUGUGCCUACAUCAGGGUUGUCCUCCAUGGGUCCUGAGCAGGUGACUGAGCCUACUAUGAGGGGAGGAAACCUCUUUCCAAACCAGUUGCCUGGAAUGGAUAUGAUUAAGAAGGAGGGCGAUGGGUCUCGGAAAUACUGUUGACCAACACCACUGCUGGGCCCUCAAAACAUUUCCUGACAAUUCAGUGCACUGUCAGUAUUUAAGAAGUUGACAUUUAUGACAACCAACCAACUAACCAACUGGCUGCUGAAUAGAUUUGCCAGGUUCAGCAAUCAAAAGGAUCUGAGGAUUAAUGGGAUAAAACAAGAACAAAAAAAAAAAACCUUGUUACAACACUUCUGAAAGUAGCAACCUCCGCUUGCUCGGUCUCAAGUAAGCAAACAGAAAGCCAGUCAGUGUGUUCAUCGCAUUCACCAUAGUGUGACUUAGGUCUCCCCUGAACAACAAACUGAUAGUGGCAACAGAAUCCUUGUCAGAUGAAUGUAUUCCUUGCUGGGGAAAAUGACCAUUAUCUUGUUCUAUUUUAUGAUGUACACGGUUUGCUUCUCUCUCUCUCUCUCUCUCUCUCUCUCUCUCUCCUCUCUCUGACUUUCUCGAUCUCUUUUCUCUCUUCUAUUUCUCUUGUUCUAAUCGGGUGAGGCGGCUUCUUGUCAGAAUUCUUCACCAUAUUUGAGACUUAAGCCUUUUGCUUGACAGGGUUUGUUGUGUGAAAAAUAAGAAACUGUAUAAGCUGUAGGGGUUAAUAAAUUAAUUUAAGAGGUUAUAAAAUAAAAUGAAUGGUUUGAAGAAUAUAUACAAUUUUGUUUAUUAUAAAGCCAGACUUGCGUAGUCAACAGAAAAGCUGAUAAUAUAUAUCAUUUUUUUUUUUUUUUUUUUUUUAAAUCCAAUACUAGGUUUAAAAAAAUAAACCAGCUGGUCAGGUUUGUAUCUAGAUUAAAUGCCUGAAAGGGGCACUUCUGUUUUUUUUUUUUGUUUGUUUUUUUUUGCAGUAAGAUGCCAGAAUGUCUAAAAUUGCCCUCAUAGAUUGGCAGAAAUUCAGUCCUGCUUUAGAGUAGUUAUGAAUAUUAUUCAAACCUUUAAGAUCCUGCUUUUUUUUUCAAGUGAGGAUAUUUAUACAGUUAGUGUGUGUGUGUAUGUGUGUAUAUAUGUAUAAUAUAUUUAUCUACACAUACAUUUACAGUUUUAAUCCUCCCCUAAUACCUGGUCUUACAAUUGCAAUGUUGUGUACAUUUGUUGGGAAUGGCAUCCAGCACGUAGAGAUUAUGUUUCAGAUUGUGCCGAGGAGGGCCAUCACAUACAUCAAAGAGGCUCAAUUUCUAUUGGCACAUUUUGAGGGAGGAGGGGGGAGGGGGGGGAAUAUACAUAGGUUACCACUUGCUGUGGUGUUGUGAAUAGCAUAAAUGGGGGAGGGGGGAGAUGACAGCCAUAACUCAAAUGUAUUUGUGUGUGUGUGUGCUUAUUUUUUUUUUCCCCAAACUGUCAUUGGAGUGGAGUGUUUAGAAAGAAACUAUUAGGUACACAACUUUUACUGUUCUGGUGUAUGUAACCAAGCAAUAACUACUACUUGAGAAUCUUUGUUUUACAAUUUUGUAAAUUUUUCUUUAGGCAAAAUUUGCUCUGCAGUUCACCCAGAAAGCAAGGUACUUCAGUAUUAAUUGUAGCCCCCUUUUAUCUCCGUGUAUCAAAUCGAAAGUCAGAUUAAUGGUGUUCUUGAAUAAUCAUUGUCUGCAGUACUACUUUGUUCAUUUUAGAUUAUUUUCUAGAAAUUCGCACCCCCCCCCCCUUUUUUUUAACAAGCCAUGAAUAAAUGACUUCCCCUUUUCUUUUCUAUUCUUUUUUCAUUUAGUCCAGUCCUGCUGGGCUAGCCAGAGGUCAGAAGUAUAUAUGCCUUUUUAGUGUGAAGAUACUAUGUGAAUAGUGUAGGAGGUAGUAUCCUACAAACCAAUAUUGUUUGAAAUGUGUUCUCAAGCUAUAUAGAUUUUGUAAUUUAUUUCAUUUUUUUCUUCUUUUUAGAGGUGUGCUCAAGUGAAUGUAUAAGCCAGAAUUAUCUGAUUUUAAAGUGAUAUCAAGACUUUUGAGAAAUAAACUUCAGCUGAUUUGCUCACUGAGCCCAUUUAUUUCCCUAAUUCUCCUUUUCUGGCUAUAUAUAUUUAUAUUUUGUAUUUUGUUUUAUUUUAAAUGAAAAGGGUGCUUGUUUGAAUUUAAGGACACCUAUGAGUUGGUUAAUCCCUAUUUUUAGCUAGGUCAUUAUAGUUGUGAUAUUUGGCCCGUAGCUUUUCAUAAGAGAAUAAAAAAUAGCUUGUCAUUGACAAUUUUAUCUGGCGAUUUGUAUGGUGUCAUAGUUCAUCAAAUAUGAACUAACUUUAUAAAAGGCAGUAUAUAUUUUAGCUGCCUGGGCAACUAAUCCACAUACACAUUAGCUGCAAUUCUUUAGGUGGUUCCAUUUCCAUAUAUACCAGUAUGUUGGUGGUAUAAGUUUAGCCAUUCCAUUGUAAAACUAUAAUUUUAUAUUUCUUAUUGUUGUGGAAAUAUACCUACCAUUAGUGGUAUGUGGCUUUAUUACAUUUUCCUUUUCACUUUUGAAGUCCCAGUGUGGUAGGGGCUUGUUGUCCCUCCUGUAACAUCUGGAAGAAGAAAAAAAAAAGAAUACUGUAGUUUAUACCGUAGGUCCUCACACUGUACAGUGCAUUGUAAACACAAAAUUGGUAUAUGCAUAGACUCCAGCUGUGUGUUGUUCAAUAUAUUAACAAAACAGCUGUGUUUUUUUUUGGUGUUUAUUUGUAAUAUUUGGAGAUAUUCAUCUUUUACUAAAUUCACCGUGUAAAACAUUAAGAAAAAAAACUAUUUUAGAAUAGUCCAUUUUAGCAUAUGAACUGAGUUUUACAGCUCUGUUUGCCGAAUCCAAAGAUGACACUGUCAGUUUUAAACCAUAAGCCAUGAAGUGUUGUGGUUUAAAAACCUUUUUAUAGUAUUUGUACAGGGACAGUUUUGACUGGGAGCAAGUACCUUCUUUGCACACUAAAAAAAAAAUAUGAUUUCAUUUUUUUUUUUUUUUUUACAUCAAACAGGCUUUGAUUGAUUGAUUAAAUUGACAAACUUUUGUCUCUACUUUUUGUUUUCUUUCGGAUUUUGGGAAAUUAUUUGUUUUAUAUAGUCUGCCAAUUUCAUAGAACAGGUAGAAGCUCAAUGUAAGAACCUCAAAAUGCUAAACCUAGCAUAAUGCCUUAGAUCUGGUUUUAUGAUUUGUAUAUUCCUACAAAGCUGUCUGUUGUAUUAUAUUUGUAUAGUGAAUUGUGUACAAUAUUGAAUGAAUUCAUCAUCAAUUUAUAUGUUUUUGUUGCUGGAUACAGACUACAGCCCUCUUGGCAUAUUCAGACAAUUUUUGCUGUUAAUUUUCCAUGUUUUGUCUGUGAUCAGUUGUGGGUUAUAUUAUUUGUACAAUUGUUUCUCAUUUAAUGUCUGUAUGAAAAGAUGAGGCAAGGUUAAAUCUAAGCAAUAUGUAAAAUAUAUGGUUUUUCUGGAGAAAGCUUAGUGUUGCAGGCUCAGAGAUGUAUUUUUCCAGUUGAGUUCACACUAAACAUCACCUUAUUCACCUGCAUUGAUGUUUGUAAUCCUAGUGUGAGCAUUUUAUGCAAAGUUAGGUAUAUUGAGAGAAAUUUAAACACAUUUAUGCAAGUUGUUGACUAAUGCUUCGCUGAUGCUAUUUGCUAUUUGCUAUUUGAUGUUAAAUAAUGCCAUUGUAAAUAAAGAAUUCUGUUAUUGCAACAUUUAAUAAAAUGUUUUGACUUUGG